AUGCAGAAUCAUAUGUUGGUCGUCUUAUGUGUUCUUACUGUAUACACUUUGUAUCUUGACGCGUACUCCAAUGGUACUAUUUCGAGAAAUACAAUAGUUGCUCAUCCAGAAACAGGUCUUUUUCUUGACUAUACUGGUAUCUAUACACCAGCUGAAACAAUCAUUCAUAAGUCGGCGAUUUUCCCGAUGACUACAACUACAUGCCACUUUCUACCUUUGUCAGCUGCAGAACUCAUUCCAUCUUGUAAUAUUACAACAACAACAAGAAAUAAACGAUACGUUAACAUAGUUAUCUCUGUCAUCAGUCUGAUUGUUGGGGGCGCCAGUCUUGGUAUGUCUACUUUCAAUACUGCGCAAUCCUCACAUCUGCAAGAACAAAUAACAUUAGUAGAAGGAUCUCUGACAAAAUUCUCUAAAAUGGUUGAUAUACACCAAGGACAAUUAGUGAAAGUGACUGAAAAGCAGAUAGAACUCACAGAUCAGCUUCAAGUGUCACAGAAAGCUCUGAAUGAUUUAAUGCCUGUCAUAAACUCACACUCUGUUGCCAUAAAUUCUCUUAAAACUGAUGUUGAGAACUUAAAAAUUCAGUUUCAAAAAUCCUUCCUUUACUCAGCAAUAAGUCAAAUUUCUCGUGAUGAACUCACCUUAUCUUUCUUGUCACCAGAUGAUAUACACAAAGUGGUGUAUUAUGUUAUUAAAGAAGGAAAUCUAACAUUUAACUCUUAUCUUGGUUUUAUUCCAGUUGUUCAAAUAAUCACUAAACUUAUUGUUCGUCAGCAGAUAGACUUCGUUCCUAGUUCAUUAUACUCACCCACUGAGCAACAAGAAAUUGGUCGCCUUGUAAUUACAAGCUUCUUCGCUGUUCCACAACGGGAACAAACACCUUUCAAUGUUUACAAAAUAGUGAAAACUCCCCUCAUUCAUGGAAAUGAAGCAUUUCAGCUAGGUGAAGUUCCAACAUAUUGGGCGAUUAAUCCCAUAAAUAAUUUUACCAUUGAAUGGCAAAACCCGCAUGAAUCUGAAUGUGAUUUUCGAUUUAUGACAUCAUGUCGCGAUACCCCACCUUUUCAUCAGACACCCAGAAACACUUGCCUCGAUCAGAUUUUAAGAAAGCUUCCUCUAUCUAUGUGUCAGACUACGUCAAUCCCUGCUCCAAAAUAUUUUGUGCGGCAGUUAAGAGGAAAUGUAUGGAUUGCUUCGUCAUCGGAGCCCAUACAUUGUACGAAAAUAUCAAGAACUGAGUAUCAAAAUGGCAAUAUUAAAACAUGGAAUACUAGUGAAGAAAUAAUACUUCCGCGUGUUUCUCUAGUGAAUGUAACCGAUGGUUACACAAUUGAGUGUCCUGGCUUCACUUUAACAGGUCAACCUCUACCUUCAAACAUGUCUACACUAGUUAUUUUGUAUAACAGUGGAGUACUUGCCGAUAAUAUAUCUGUUUUGAACGUUCAUAAGUAUAUGACCGAAAAUAUGACUUUGUUCAAACAAAAUAUAGUAGAAUCAGACAGACGUAAUUUGAUGGAUUUUAUUAAUCAAGUAAAUGCCCUUUCUACGUAUCAGACUGUUCUUUCUCCUCACAAGCAAUCCUUUCUAUCAUCUUUGAUAUCAUAUUUCAUUCCAUCUUUUGGUAUUAUGUCCUCUUUUAAUUGGAUUUUUUUUGUACUGGCUGGUAUUUUAUUAUAUUAUGUUUACCGAUGCAAAACAAAGGCAAUCACCUUAGCAAAACUCUAA